AUGGAACGGCGGGAGAAGGAGCAGCAGCAGCAGCAGCAGCAGCAGCAUUCGCAGCAAGAUCGUGCUGCCGCAGAGCGAGCUGUUGGAGAUGCGCCUGACGAGCGUUCUGCAUCUGCCUCACGGGCUUCUCCUUCAGCUGCAGCAGCAGGAGCAGCAUCAGCAGGAGCAGCAGCAGCAGAGUGCAGCAAGGAGGCGCUGCUGCGUGACCGGCGUCAGCAGCAAGCGUUGCUGACGCCUCUCUCUGGGGACCCGAAGUGCCCGCUGCUGCGGGACCUGCAGCAGCAAGAGCUGGUGAGGCAGCACACCUUCGAUGACACCAUAAGGCCUAAGCAGCAGCAGAAGCAGCCUUCAGGGCCCCUGUCUCUCUUCUCGCGCUCCUCAUCAGACGCACCACACCAGCCUGCACAUACAGCUGGCAGGUGGAGACAGGCGUCGCUCUCGAAGACAGAGGAGGAGCUGCUUGCUGCUGGCCUCACCACCAUGGAGGACCUCAGCCCCGAGCAGGCUGCUUCGAUAGCAGCAGAAAUGCGGGCGCAUGCGAGGCAGCAGCAGCAGAUGCAGCAGCAGCAACAGCAGCAGCUGCAGCAACAGCUACAACAGCAACAGCAGCUGCAAAUCAGCGGAGCCAUAAAAUCAGCUGCACCCGCCGGAUUGCAUCCUCUACAUGCCGAUGCACACGUUGCUGCUGCUGCUGCUCCUGUGGGUGCUCCUGCUGCUGCUGCUGCUGCUGGGGGCUGGGGCGCUGCGGACGGCCCCACAGUCCUGAGAGAGGUCCGCUCUGGACGGCUGCAUGGGGAGACAUCCGAUGAAGAGACAGCAGCAGCAGCAACAGCAGCAGCUGCUGCUGCAGCUGCAGGAGACCAGCAACGGAGCAGAACCACCCAGGAUCAGCAGGCGCGGCGGCAGCAGCAUCAGCAGCAGCAGCAGCAGCAGCAGCAUGAAGGGGAGUCUGAGGAGCAGAAGUGCGAGCGCAUUGCGGCAUCGAUCCGUUUUCAGGCGGAGGCAGACCUCAGCAAGCGCCGGGCAGAGAUGGCGGCUUUGCGUGAGGAUGCUGAACGCCAGCUGCUGUCUCUGCAGCUGCUGCCGCCGCAGCACGAGCGGCUGUCUUCGUUGCCUGCAUCGUUUAGAGAGGCCCUCUUUGGGGUUUUUGUUUGUCUCUGCUUGAGGCAUAUUGAGGAGUGUGAUGAAGAUUUCCGGGGGGAGAUAACCACGUGGGCUCUGGGUCUGCUGGAGGCGCUUGCCUCUCCUCACCUGCUGCACUUGGGGGCCCACAUCGCCAACUGCCUCAGCAAGCCAAUUGCCUGGCGGGAGCAGCUGCAGAAAGAUGGUGUUCGGGCGAGCGACAUCGUGACGCUGGAUCCGCUGAUUCACAAGCUGGAGGCUUUCUUUGCUGAGAAGCAGCCAGAGACAGAUGAGCUCUUCCGCAGCGUGCAGCAGCGGCUCAGAGCUAGCAGGUCAGCAGAGUCCCCAGCAGACGACGCACUCAGAGACCCCCCAGACGUUCACUCCAGCAGCAGCAGCAGCAGCAGCAGCAACAGCAACAGCAGCAGCAGUGGCUGCGGCAGUGCCGGCGUGGGGAAGGAUGCCAGCAGGAAGAACAGCAACGACGCCAGCACCACAGGCAGCACGAGCAGCAGCAGCGGUAGCAGCAGCAGCAGCAGCAGCAGCAGCAGAGACUAUUCGCACGGCAUGACGUCUGCGAGGGUGAGGGGUGAAGCCACGAUGCAGGGUGGAGGAUCUCUGUCUGACGCGCGGGAGCAGCAGCAGCACGAACAGCAGCAGCAGCAGCAGCAGCAGCAGCCGGGACUUUCAGCUGCAAGGGAUAGAGACAGCAGGAUGCGCGCGCUGUUGCAGCCGCCAGCAGCGCCACCAGGAAACACGAAUGAGCAGCAGCAGCAACAGCAGCAGCAGAGGGAGGUGCCGGGUGUAGAAGGCUGUAAGGAGACGCCGGCAGAGGCAGGCGGUGAGGACAGCUACUACACCGCUGUGGAUGCUGCAGCAGCUGCUGCUGUUGCUGAUGCAGCAGGAGAUGCUAGCAGCAGCGAACGGCUCGGGGAGACAGCCGAACGCAUAGCGCGGGGGGCAGAGGCGGGGGGCCUUGAUGCAGCUGCGCAGUCAGCACUGCAGGGUAUUGCUGCUGCAGCAAAGCAGCAGCAGCAGCAGCAGCAGAGACAGCAGCAGACCCUUGAAAACAUGAACACGCCGCGCUCUGACGCGCAGCAGCAGCGGCGGCAGCAAGAAGGGAACCCGCAACAGCAAAUGAUGGAACAGCAGGAAGUGCAGCAUCCGUCUGAGCAGCAGGAGCUGCAGCAGCAGCAGCUGCAGCAGCAGGGCCAGCAGCUACUUGGGGGUCGUAUCAGCAGCAUCUCCAGCAGCAGCUGCUGCAGGCACACCGAUGAGCAGCAGAAAGCCAACACCGAAGACGAACGCGGGGCCGAGACAGGAGCCCAGUCUCCCAGCCCCCUACAGCAGCAGCAGCGCCACCACCACCAGCAGCAGCGGGAGCAGCAGCAACAGGGGGAGCAGGAGGAGGAGGAGUAUGAGCAUGAGCAUGCGCAUGGUCAAGAGCAGCAGCAGCAUGAGCCGCAGCAGCAGCAGGAGCAAGGGGACUCAUCUGAUGCAUGCAGCUCGUCUGAUGAUGAAGGGGGCGCGGGGCCCUCCUCCCUGGCUAUGUGGGCCUCAGAGCCCCCAGCAUAUCGCGUUGUCUUUCUCAGAGAACUCACAACAGCACUCGUCACAAACGGCACAUUCGAUGCCAGGAUACAAAUGCUGCUCGACAGACUGGCGACAGAACUCCACAUCAACCCGCUGCUGCUGAUUCGUAUCGAAGAGAACCUCGCAGCAGAUUUGCUCUCAAUACUGCAGGACCAACAGCAGAAACACAAGCACCAGCAGCAGCGGCUGCUGCAGCUGUCGGGUGUCCCGUGCAGCAGCAGCAGCAGCACCACCACCGCCGCCGGCAACGGCAGCAACAGCAGCCGCAGCGGCAGCGACGGCUGUAGACAGCUGCAGCAGCAGCAGCCACAGAGGUUGGUGGAGCCAGCUGCAGCAGCAGCAGUUGAGUUGUGUUUGCUUCUGGCGCUGCAGGCAAACACCAAAGAGGGGUCGAAGCAGAAGACAUGGAGGCGCCUGAAGAUAGCCGGUGCUGCAGUAGGCGGUGGCGUGCUGCUUGCACUGACAGCGGGGUUAGCUGCACCAGGGAUUGCUGCUGCUGUUGCUUCUCUGGGGUCUCUGCCUCUCUCCGCCUUCUUGGCUUCAGCUGGCGGAAUGGCGGCUCUCGUAUCAAUCUUUGGAGCAGGUGGCGCCGGCCUUACAGGGUGGAAGUACAGUCGACGCAUUGCUAACAUUAAGAUAUUUGAAUUCUUAAUGCUGAACGGCCGCAGUCCCUCUUCUCUUAGAGUUGGCAUCGGUGUCAGUGGAUACCUAAGAGACGAUGACGACGUCACGCUGCCUUGGGUUUGUUCUUUCCCUAACCCCCGCUGCGACCUGCAUGCGCUGAAGUGGGAGCCCCACGUGCUGAAGGCGCUGGGUGGAAUGGUCAUAAAGAUGGUCUCGCAGGUCUGUCUGCGCGGCCCCUCGUACGCUAGUUUAUAG